AUGGGCAGAACACCUCUCCAUAACCUUGCUAUGCUUGGUGAAACUAGUCCAAUCCGGUUGCUUCUAAAUCAAGUCGACGUCGAAUUGAAUGCCGUCGAUCUAGAUGGCUAUACACCUCUAGCACGUGCCGUGCAACAUGCACGCUUGUCUGUGGCACAGCUCCUUCUUGAGCAGGCAGAAAUCAGAGUGAAUGCCGAAUUCGGACACGAGGUCACGCCCCUUUGGGUUGCAUGUCGCUCGGGGCACAAGUACAUUGAUGUCAAUCAAGUUAACGCCUCCGGGGCAACUUCACUACACAUUUCGGUCAUCUUUGGCCAUUUAGACGUGCUUAGCCUUCUGCUGAGGCAAGGUGAGAAACUUGAUGUCAGUGUCCGAGAUGAGUGGGGCUGGACGCCCCUCAUGCACGCUGUAUCUAGAAACCAAGCGCAGAUGGUAAGUCUGCUGCUGGAAGUCCAGGGCACUGAUAUCAACGCAGUCGACAUUGACGGGCGGACGGCGUUUUGGUGGGCUGCUGCAGGAGGGCACCACGAAAUCGUUCGGAUUUUGCGCCCUAACUCCAAAACGCGGCUCAAAGAUAACUUUGGGAAAACAGCAUAUGCUGCUGCUCGGGAGAGAGGAAAUGGAGCUUUGUUGUGUUUCCUGAGAUCCCCAUAG